AUGAUGUGGAGAGGCGUGGGAGUCACACUGAUACUGUCACUAAUCCUGCCUGUGGUCGCGCAGGGAGCACGCCACACCCCCCCAGGAAAGCCCAAGCUGACCAGUUGUAGGUCACCAGAGAAGGAGACAUUCACCUGCUGGUGGGAGGCAGGCUCUGAUGGGAGGCUACCAACCACCUACUCCCUCUUCUACCGCAAAGAGAAUUCUGACACAGUCUAUGAAUGUCCAGACUACCAUACUGCGGGGGCUAACUCAUGUUUCUUUAACAAGAAUGACACGUCCAUCUGGGUCAACUACAGCAUCACUGUGGUGGCCACCAAUGCCCUGGGCAGCAACUUCUCUGACCCCGUCGACGUAGACGUGGUCUAUAUAGUCCAGCCCCACACACCAGAAAACGUAACAGUGGUUGUGCUGGAGGACAAAGAUGGCCCCUUCCUCAGGGUCUCAUGGGAACCGCCCCGUAAGGCCGACACACGUUCUGGCUGGAUCACCCUCAUCUACGAGCUCCGGGUCAAACUAGAGGAGGCAGAGGAGUGGGAGGAGCACCAUGCAGGCCAGCAGAACAUUUUCAACAUCUUCAGCCUGCACUCUGGAGGAGUCUACAUUGUCCAGGUCCGCUGCAAGCCAGACCACGGCUUCUGGAGCGAGUGGAGCGCCGCCAGCUAUGUCAAAGUCCCAGACUAUAUUCCCAGGGAACAGUCCAUGUGGAUUCUGAUAGCCAUCUUCUUAUCUUUCAUCAUUCUCAUUCUCACAUGGAUCAUCAACAUGAACAGAAACAGUGUGAAGCACUGUCUACUACCUCCAGUUCCUGGACCUAAAAUAAAAGGAUUUGAUAAACAGCUCCUCAAGAAUGGGAAAUCAGAAGAGGUGUUCAACGCAUUUGUCAUCCAAAGCUUUCCUACGAGGUCUACAGACUACGAGGACCUGCUGGUGGAAUACCUGGAGGUUUACGUCAACGAGGAACAGGAACUGAUGCUGGAGGGGAAGGACCUCCAAGAUGUUGGCUGCCUCAAGUCCAAGGGCCCAUCGGACAGCGACUCGGGCCGAGGCAGCUGUGACAGCCACUCCUUGCUGAUGGAGAAGUGUGGAGGUGUGGAGUCCAAGGAGGAGUCGAGCUAUGAGGAAACUGAACUUCUGCAGGGCCAGGCAGGGUCUUGGGAGAGGCUGGAGAUGGGAGACAGCCAGGAGGUGGACUGCCCAGAUUCAUCAGAUGGGAGGGUCAAGACCUGGUUGUCAGUCUUCUCCUCGUCGAUCCAUGGAUCCUCCGACAACCACCACCUUGGUACUCUUGAGGUGCCCAAGCAGCGCAGCGUCCCAGAUAACUUCUUCCCCACCUCCUCCUCUUCCCACCACCACCCAGAGUACAGGGACGGCCUGGGAGAGUACAGCGAGUACGGUCUCAGCAGAUCACCGUCCGCCAGAGCCCACCACCACUGGGAGGCCCACCACCUCCAGGCACACAGAAACUUCAACAUCUCCAGUCUGGAGCGCCAGAGAGAUGCCACGGCGCUUGGGCUGCCCCCCUCCCAGUCCAUGGGGUACGUGCAGGUCCAAAAGGUGAACCAGGAGAACCAGCUGGUCCCGAAGCCCCUCUCCAGCCACGGCCAAGGCCCCUUCCAGGUACAGUUUAGCGGGGCCGGAGAGGACUACAGUAAAGUCAAUGGGGUGAACAAUUACAAUGUGCUCCUGCUGCAGAGGGAGAUGGCUGAGGCUGGCCUGUGCUGUGACUACCAGGUGAAGGUGGGAGCUUCAGAGCAGAGCUGUCCCACACAGCAGCAAGGGAAGAUGGACACACACACGCCUGCUGCUACCCACUUUCAGGAAAGCACGUGCCUGACCACAAGCGGCUAUGUGGACACUGCCACUAUGAUGCCCACCUUCUAG